UUUUUUUUUAACUUUAUUUCCUACAUAUUGUUUGUUUCUUUAUAUGAUAAAAUAUGAAAAUAAUAUCUCGAGAAAAUAUAUUUAUAAAAAAAUCAAAAAACCAUAAAUAUGAUGAAAGUGAACAAGAAAAUAAUGGGUUAAGUCGUAUGGCAUCAACAUCCUCUUAUAUGCAAUCGAGACGAUAUAUUUAUGUGAAUAUGGAUCUACCGUCUUCAGAAUUUGAUGAAAAAGAUAACCAAAUCCACCAUAACUAUGCUACUAAUUUAGUACGAACUGCUAAAUAUACACCUAUUACAUUUAUACCAAAGAACUUAUUUGAACAAUUUCGAAACGUAGCCAAUUUGUAUUUUUUAUUUCUAGUUAUUUUACAAUGUAUUCCUAUUUUCGGUGUGACAGAGCCUGUUGUAUCUGCAUUACCUCUUAUUUGUAUCUUGAUCAUUACUGCAAUUAAAGACGGUAUUGAGGAUUGGAAGCGAAAUGAAAGUGAUGAUAAAGUCAAUAACUCGACUGUGUUACGAUUAUCGAAUUGGAGAAAUGUGAAUAUCCCGGAUAUCAAGAAGGGGCCUUGGUAUUAUUUCCAUAUCCUUGUAGGAUUCUUUUGUAUUCUGUCUGGUACAGAAAAUAGAUAUGCUCAUACAUAUAGACAGUCAAGAAAGAAAUCUCCUAUUCAAAUAGAUAAUCUGUCAGAGCCCGAGCCCGAGCCUGAGCCUAAUAAUAACAACAACAACAACAAGAAAAAAAUGAAAUCUUCCUCUAAAGAAGACCGAUUACCUUUAACAGAAUUAGAUCAACAAAUGGAAUUUAUUUCAUCUCCACCUAAAUCUUUGAUAAACUCAGUUCGAAAGAGAUCAGAUACAAUCCGUUCUAUAUUUACUAACCGAUCUCCAAAUCAAAAUAUCCCGACUGCGCCUUCUCAACUCACCAACAGGAGAGAACCCUAUCGUCCCGGCGCAAUUCCACAUUCUGUCCUUUAUCGAAUGUCAACCCGAGAUUCUUCAACGACCACAACAGCACAUAGACAUAGCGACAUUCUAGAAAAUGAACGUACUUCAACUAGUCUACACCAGCCCUUGCCAAGUCAUGAUAUAAAAUGUUCUUGUGCAGAUGCUUAUCCAGGGGAUCCACCUGCCCCUAAUUGUCAAGUCAAAUGGGGAUACACAAAAUGGAAGGAAUUAAACGUGGGUGACUAUGUGAAGAUUGAAAAUGAUCAAGAUAUCCCUGCUGAUAUCGUGGUGUUGUCAACCUCUGAAAAUGAUAAUAUCUGUUACGUCGAGACACAGAACCUAGAUGGAGAAACCAAUCUGAAACAACGUCAGGGCUUACCAGGUACCAAUGGCCUUCGAACUGAGCAUGAUUGUGAACGAGCUCGGUUCUAUAUCGAGAGUGAACCACCUCAUGUGAAUAUUUAUCAAUAUAAUGCGGUAUUAAGAUGGCAAGUCGAUGCAAAUGAGUCAGAGACAACUCGUUCAGGUGUAGCCCAUGAAAAGGCAGAUGCGGUCACUUAUAAUAACAUUAUCUUAAGAGGUUGCGUUUUAAGAAACACGAAAUGGCUAAUUGGAAUUGUUGUUUACACUGGCAAUGAUACAAAAAUUAUGCUUAAUACCGGUCGAACUCCUUCAAAACGAAGUAAAAUGGCAAAGGCAACAAAUCCUCAUGUUAUUGCUAACUUUUGUAUAUUAGCUAUUAUUUGUAUUGUAAGUUCUAUUAUGGAUAGUGUUGAGUUUAAUGGGAAAGGAUCUUCACGGCAUUUUGAUUAUGGCAUAGAAGGAUCAAACGCAUCUUAUUCUGGAUUCCUCACAUUUUGGGUUACACUUAUUUUAUAUCAAAAUAUUGUACCUAUUUCAUUAUAUAUCUCUGUAGAAAUCGUAAAGACAUUAGCUGCUUAUUUUAUUUUUGCAGACUUAGACAUGUAUUAUGCUCCAAACGACACACCUUGUAUACCAAAGACUUGGAACAUUUCCGAUGACCUUGGACAAAUUGAGUAUGUGUUCUCUGAUAAAACUGGUACACUAACACAAAAUGUGAUGGAAUUCCGAAAGUGUACAAUCAAUGGGACCUCAUAUGGUAUUGCUGCAACAACAGAGGCUACAUUAGGCGCCCUCAAGCGACAACAACGUGAAUAUGAUGCUGGAAGUGACGACACAGACGAAAUAGAUAUGGAUGAACUAAGUAUGCAUGAACCUGAUACGAUUGAAAUGGAGAAACUGAAGCAACUUAUGCUUGAUAAACAGGCUGCACUUUUCAAAAAUCCUUAUAUUGGAUCUCACCCGACUUUCGUUGACCCUAGUUUAUUUGAUGAUCUGGUGGGGGAGACAAAGCAGUCAACAGCAAUUACUCAUUUUUUCCAAACACUAGCUCUUUGUCACACUGCGAUUGCAGAUCAUGAUGUAAAUGAGAGACGUAUUGACUAUAAGGCACAAUCACCCGAUGAGGCAGCACUCGUAGCAACAGCACGAGAUAUGGGGUUUGUCUUUUUAGGACGUGAUUCAAACAAGGUUUUUAUUAAGGUGAAGGAUAAAGAAAAGACAUUCACUCUCUUAAAUGUGCUUGAAUUUAAUUCAACUCGAAAGCGAAUGAGUGUCAUUGUUAAACCAGACGAGAGUGAUCAUAUUGUGCUUCUCUGUAAGGGUGCAGAUUCUGUUAUUUAUGAACGAUUGUGUAAUGACUUUGGAGAUCAAAGAGAAUUGCAGGAGGAGCAAGAGAAUUUAAAGAAUGCAACUAUGAAAGACUUGGAAGAAUUUGCAAAUGAAGGUCUUCGUACACUUUGUCUUGCUUAUCGGUUUCUUUCUCCUGAAGAAUAUAAACCAUGGAAUAAACGGUUCGAGGAAGCUUCAGCUAGUAUACAUAACCGUGAAGAGCGUGUAGAUGCUAUUUGUGAAGAAAUUGAACAAAAUAUGCUUUUAAUGGGUGGUACAGCUAUUGAAGAUAGACUUCAAGAUGGUGUCCCCGAAACGAUUGCAGAGCUCGCAAAAUCGGGUAUUAAGCUUUGGGUAUUGACAGGUGAUAAAACGGAAACAGCUAUCAAUAUUGGUUUUGCAUGUAAUCUGUUAACAUCUGAUAUGGAGCUUCUCAUUUUACGCGCAACAAAUCGUAAUGAUACAGCCAAUGCUAUAGAGAAUAUUUUACAAAAGGUCAAUACAGUUGUCGACAAUGAGAAACGAUAUGCAUUGAUAAUUGAUGGCACUACACUUAAGUAUGCAUUAGAGGAUGAUACACGUGAUCAAAUCUUGACAUUAGGUAUGCAAUGUGCUAGCGUGAUUUGCUGUCGAGUGAGUCCUAAACAAAAGGCACAAGUUGUACGCUUAGUGAAAAAGGGACUUAAAGUGAUGACACUUGCUAUUGGUGAUGGAGCUAAUGAUGUAUCGAUGAUACAAGAAGCCAAUGUAGGUAUUGGUAUCUCUGGUGUAGAAGGUAGACAAGCAGUUAUGGCAUCUGAUUAUGCAAUUGCGCAAUUUAGAUUCUUGAGAAAACUUUUAUUAGUACAUGGACGUUGGUCAUAUCUCCGAACAGCAGAAAUGAUUAUGGGGUUCUUUUUCAAGAACAUUGUUUGGACCUUUGUGCUAUUCUGGUAUCAAAUCUUUUGCCAGUUUAAUGGUUCCAUGAUGUUUGAUUAUGCGUUAAUUACCUUAUACAAUCUUGUCUUUACGUCACUUCCUAUUAUCUUUUUAGGCAUCUGGGAUCAAGAUUUAAAUGCAAAGGUUUCAUUAUUAUAUCCAAAACUCUAUCGUAUGGGCCUUAGAAAUGAUAAAUUCAAAGUUUGGCAAUUCUGGUUAACUGUUUUUGAUUCUAUAUUUCAAUCAGCCGUUUGUUUCUUUUUCCCUUACAUGUUACUUGUAGGAGGAGCUAUUGAUCCUCAUGGCUAUGACGCUAACGGACUUUAUGAGAUUGGUACAAUUAUCUCUAGUAUUGCUGUUUGUGUAGCCAACUUCUUUGUAGUCUUUUCACUCUAUAGCUAUACCUGGAUCCAAGUAUUGAUCGUUGCACUAUCCAUUUUGGUCUAUUAUGCGUUUGUGGCGGUUUAUUCACAAUUCAACACAUUUCUUUUUGGAGGGCAAAUCAGAUUAUUUGGCACAGGUGCCUACUGGUUAAUAUUUAUUUUAACAUGUGUAGCUUGCUAUAUUCCGCGAAUAACAGCUAAACAUUAUAUGCAUCAAUACCAUCCUUAUGACAAUGAUAUUAUCCGUGAAAUUGAACUGGUGAUUAAUAAGGGAAAAAAUUGUCAUGACGAGCAAGAAAGAAAUAUGAAUAUAGACUUUGACAUAGAUGAAGAGAUAGCUUCUAGGACUAAUGGCAAGUUAUAGAUUGGAGUGUAUUUGUAAUAAAAAAAAAAAUUAAUUUAUUAUUAUUAUUAUUAUGUAAAUUAUAAUAAAGUGUAU